AAGGGCGGAAAUCAUUUAUGCAAUUUUAAACUAUCCCGGGCUAUAUGCAAUUAUUGAUCAAAGUCGGCUUAACAGAUAAACUUGUUUACUAACCAUUGCCUUUCUUGUUUAUCGGUGUUGGGUAGGGUGAAAUAAUGGAAAAUUGAAGUUUAUCACAAGGUUUAUAAGUUAUUUGUUGAUAUUAGUCGGACAAUGGAUAUAUUUCCAGCAUAUAACACUAAAUCAGUGCAUCUCUCCACAAUAAUUAUAUACGCUUUGUUAUGUAUCCUCCACCAUUGUUCAUCCUACCCCACGGGCGCCCCACUUGUAGCAUGUCAGGAAAUGAGGCCAUAUCACCCUCCAACGACUACGUCAGGAACACCACCCUUUGCCAUUAAUCUCACAGAAACUGUUUACAAACCUGGAUCUGAAAUCAAAGGAACAAUAUACUCACCAAAGGGCUUUCUAUUUCGCGGAUUCUUGAUACAAGCUAGAAAGGCGGAUAACUCUGAAAUGACACCAUUUGGGGAGUUCAUAGUGUCAGGAUCAGACACGCACACGAACUGUGGUAAUGCCAAUAAACAAGGAUUGACACAUACAUCAAACAGCAAUAAAACAGAAAUAGACUUCACAUGGAAAGCACCAAUGACCUUUCAGGGCGAUCUGCAUUUCAAGUUGACGAUUGUAGAGUCAUAUAAUGUAAGUCGUUUCUGGUUAGGUAUAUAUUCAUCCGUUGUUAAAGACUGUAGUUUACACCCGUCAAAUGAAUGUGCCGAUAUACCCACAGAACAGCCAGCCACCAUCAGCCCGGGACCAGAGACAACCUCUGAUGAAACAAUUUCGACACCAGCAUCAACUUCACCAGCCAUACCAUUACCGUCAACGGUUCCACGGAAUAAUAUACCAAAUGAUCCUGAGUGUGGAGUAAGCAAAGGCUGCUUCCCAGAUUGCUCCAACGGCUGUGAAUAUCUCGUCACGUGGCAUACUGUUUUUAAAAGUAAUGACACACAUGCUGCUGCUGCUGGGGAUGAUGAUGAAGAUGAUUAUUAUGCUGAGUGGGUACACUUUGAGCUUAGAAUGGUAUUGGAGGAAACAGACAAUGUGUGGAUUGCAGUAGGGCUUUCACCAACUGGCCUAAUGGAUGGUACCAAUGUUAUUGCGUGUCUAACAGGAAGAAACACUGUAAGCGUCGAGUCGUCACACAAUAAGGGUUAUAAAAACGUUAUGUACAGCACGAAAACGUUAGGCCUAUUAGCUAUGUCAGGUUCAGUUCAUGGAAAUUUAAUAGAAUGUUCGUUUACGCGACACAUUGCAAUGAAUGUAUCUGAUUUCUUGAAUCUAAAGAACGAGGUGUAUCUUCUUGUUGGACAUGGACCAGUUGUAAAAGGUAUUAAAUACCAGCACACAAAAAUACCAAUCAGAAGCCCUGGAAAAGUUAAUAUCCUGUCGAGAAAUGCUAACAUAACUACAGUACAACCACUUACCACCAGCCCGGCUCCACAGAAUAAUAUACCAAAUGAUCCUGAAUGUGGAGUAAGCAAAGGCUGUUUCCCAGACUGCUCCAACGGCUGUGAAUAUCUCGUCACGUGGCAGGUAGAUUCUAACAGUAUGGACAAUAUCAACAAUGCUGCUGCUGAUACUGAUGGGGUACAUUUUGAGUUUAAAAUGGUGUUGGAGGAAACAGACAAUGUUUGGAUUGCAAUAGGGUUUUCACCGACUGGCAAAAUGGAUGACACCAAUGUUAUUGCGUGUCUUACAGGAAGAAACAAUGUUAGCGUCGAGUCCUCACACAAUGAGGGUUAUACAAACGUUAUGUACAGCAAGAAAACGUUAGGCCUAUCAAAUAUGCAAGGAUCAGUCAAAGGCAAGAAAAUAGAAUGUUCGUUCACGCGAAAAAUGUCGAUGAAUGUUACUGAUUUCAUGAAUCUGAAGGACGAAGCAUAUCUUCUUGUUGGACAUGGACCAGUUGUAAACGGUAUUAAACAACAACACACAAAAAUUCCAGUAAGAAGCUCUGGAAAAGUCGACUUCCUGUCCCACAAAGUUUCAAAAGAAUCUGAUUCGGCAUCACCUCUUAUCAAACUGCACGGAUCUCUUAUGGUCGUUGCAUGGGUGCUGUGCUCGAGCAUUGGGGUUGUGAUAGCCAGACAUUUCAAAUCUAUGGCCCAUGGUAAAAUGAUGUGUAACGUACGAUACUGGUUUGCUAUUCAUAGAACUUUAAUGUUUGUUGUACUUCUGUGUGUGAUUAUUGCAUUCGUUGCUAUAUUUUACGAGAUUGGUGGAUUCAGCCAAAUAUCAGCUGAUCCUGGUAAAGAAUAUACAAAAGCCCAUCCAUACCUAGGGAUAAUUGUCACAUGCCUUACUCUUUUAAAUCCGAUUAUGGCACUAUUUCGUCCGCCGGUCGACCAUCAACAUAGACCUAUUUUUAACUGGGCACAUUUUAGCGUCGGAACAGCAGCGCAUAUAAUUGCAGUUGUCACAAUAUUCUUUGGUAUUAAUCUUAGUAAAGCGAAAGUGGAUGAGUAUGCCAAGGACGUGAUGAUAGCAUACUCCGUAAUAUUCGUGGUAGCACAAUCAGUUCUAGAAAUACAAAAGAAAAGAGAUGUGCCGAAAGAUUCUAUAACAUAUGGAAAAUUAAACUCGAACAGUGUAAAGCAGCGUCUAUUGACGACAACAAGUAAUUCAUUGACCACUUACAAAACAACAUCUCUCGGUGUUUCGGGGAAUAAGAAGGAGGGUGUCAGUAUGUUCUCCACUAUAGUUCUAUUUCUACAUGGUGUUUGCAUGGUUGUAGCUGCGACUCUUUUAAUUCUAAUGAUUUGCGAUCCCACUCAUUUUCAUCUUAAGAAGUGAUGUUAUAAGAUAACUUGAUGUUAUAAAAUGACAUGUUAUCACGUGUCAUGUUAUCACGUGUCAUGUUAUCGCGUGUCAUGAAAACGUAUUCUUUAUAUCUAAAAAUAAUCAAUUUACUUUCAUGUUUACCAUGGAAAUUGUUAUAGUUGAUAACUUGGUGCGCACAAUGCUGUGAUAUUUUCUUGUUAUGUUGCUUUUCUUUUGUUUAAUACAGGAAAGUAUCUUUUAUAUUUUGUAUAAGUUUUUACGUCACUAUAAGUGUUAGCAAGAACAAUUAUACCUAUGAAACAAUUUAUACAAUUCACAUUUUAACAAUGUUAGAUAUGUCUGUUGUUUACUUGUUUGGUUUUUACGACGAUUUCAAUAUUUGAGCCGCGUCACGACAAAACCAACAUAAUGGGUUUGCGACCAGCAUGGAUCCAGACCAGACUGCGCAUCCGCGCAGUCUGAUCAGGAUCCAUGCUGUUCGCUUACAAACCCUAUUUCAAGUAGAGAAACUGAUAGCGAACAGCAUGGAUCCUGAUCAGAUUGCACGGAUGAGCAGGCUGGUCUGGAUCCAUGCUGGUCGCAAACGCACUAUGUUGGUUUUGUCAUUACACGGCUCAAUAUUUUCAUCAUAUCUUGGCGGUCAAUCCACCUUACCGGCUUUUCCAGAUAACAAAGAAAUAAUAACAAAUCUCUUUGCAAGUGACCAAAUGCUUAUACCACACGAUUUCUUAACUAGUGGUCAGAGACAAAUUACCAUUAGACUCAUUGUCCGAAGUCAAUUAUCACGUUGAAAUUUCACCUCUCCAGCAACCCUUGGAUUUCAUAUCCGAGAUAUGUUUGUAGCGAUACAUACUAUUUGCACAAUUUACAAGUCCAGCAUCGUGGACAUAAUCUUUGAUAAUCUUGCCAUAAAUUAUCUGUUUUGUCAUACAUGUUAUAAUUUGCAUUGUAUAUUAAAAUGCUUCUGAUUAA